AUGCAGGAGGACAAUCCGGAGCUGCGAAAGCUCACUGAGAAAGCUCGAGGCCGUCAGCAGUUCGUGUACGAUGGGCGUACUGUCUACGAGUGGGAGCAGAAUAUCGACGAAACUCACAUCUACAUCCAGCCCCCGCCGGGUGUGACGAAGCAUCACCUGGACAUCAAAAUCGAGCCGAGACAUCUGCGUGUCGGCAUUAAGGGCAACCCGCCGUUCUUGAACGAGGAUCCCUUCAGUUUGGUCGAAACCGACAGCUCCUUUUGGAUGAUCGAGGAUGGUGAGCUGCAUAUCCAGCUGCAGAAAGCCCACAAGGGCGAGACCUGGGCAGCGGCCCUGAAAGGCCAUGGCCAGUUGGACAUGUUCUCCGAGCAGGAGAUCAACAAGAAGCUGAUGCUGGAACGAUUCCAGGCGAUGGCUCUCAAGUGCUGA